UAUUUAUAAAAUAUUUCAAUGACAGUAUAACUUUAGGCCGUCAUUUAGCACUUUAGCUACUUAAAUAUAAUGCAGUGAUAUUUAACUGAGGAGUCUAGUGUCACUGUGUGAACCUUGUCAAUUUCUUUUUUUUUAUUAUUAUUUUGUAUGCAUAUGAUUAAGACCGUGACUACAUCACGUGUCCUUCAAAUUUAACCCCAGGCCUAUCUCUGACAGGCGAAGCAGUACCCAAACCUUGUUUGUAUUAAUAUUUGAUUAACAAGGAAUAUUCGGAAAAAACCCCUACUAACAUCAGCAGCUUAGGAAAGAUUGCAACUAUGCCUUCUCUUGAAGAUCUUUGGCACUCACACAGGCAAACAAAGAAGGAAAAAAUUGCAUUUCUCUUCAACAAUAAGGAAAUGAGUGAUGUGAGUUUUGUUGUUCAAGCCUCCACCGAAGAAAGUGAAACUAGAAAGGUCAUCCCAGCUCACAAAUUUGUGCUCGCAAUCAGUAGUCGUGUGUUCCAUUCUAUGUUUUAUGGUCCACUGCCGGAGACUAAAGACUCUAUCGAACUGAGUGACUGCGAGUACGAGAGUUUGUUAGAAUUAUUUCGCUACAUCUACUGCGACCAAGCGAACUUGAGCGGAAGUAACGUAUUUCAAUUAUGGUAUUUGGCGAAGAAGUACAUGACACCUGAACUCGCCUUGAGCUGCAAACAAUUUGUGCAACAUGCAUUCCAAGUGAAGGUAUCAAACGUUUUUUGCACUUUGUCGUGUGCUCGUAUGUUUGAAGAUACAGAUUUGGAAAAUCGAUGUUGGAAAGUGAUUGAGAAGCAGACAGAAAGAGCUGUGACAUUAGACGAAUUUGCUACAGUUGAGAGAUCUGUUGUUGAAUCUAUUGUGAAGAAAGAAGUGUUGAAUAUUAAAGAAGUAGAACUGUUCAAAGCUGUUGAUCGCUGGGGCGUAAAAGAAUGUGAGAGGCGAGGAAUAACGCUUGGUGGAAAGGAAAGGAGAAUUAUUUUAGGGGAAGAAAUUGUGAAAGCGAUUCGAUUUCCUCUGAUGUCGUACGAAGAGUUUAGAUCUGUGACGAUAUCCAGAGAAACGGAAAACAUUCUGAAACACGAGGAAAUAUCUCACAUGUUGAGUUUUUAUCUGGAUGAACUGAAGACCCCGUUACAGUUUUCACCGGCUCAAAGAGUCGAUUUUCAUCUAUGCCUUAGAUUUGAUAAUUUCCAUCCUCCGCGUGGAGAUGAAAAGUGGAACUAUGGAGAUAAGAUGGGAGAGCUUGCUUUCUCUGUCGAUAAGACCAUCUACCUGCUAGGCAUUCAACUUUUCGGCUGCUUCGAGCGAUACAAUGUCACAGUUGAAGUAAAGAGACAUCAUGGCGAUUGGAUAACAUUUACAAAACAUUCAGGCACGCAUUUAUCCAGAAAGGUUGCUCUUACAAAUGGUUAUUAUUACGGAUUUGACGUGUUUUUCGAUGAUCCAAUAUUAUUGGAGACGAAUAGACCAUAUAAAAUUGUGUGGCGCAUCCGAGGUCCAUCCUCAUGGUGCGGUGGAGGAUACAAAGAGUUCAUCGAAUGUCACGGUGUGGUUUUUACCUUCAUUAGACAUGUGCCUUCUUUGAGAGGCACCGUGCAUUAUUUGAACGACUUAGCGUGUCCUGCUCUGUUAUUCCGGGAAAACAUCUCCGCUUGAUCAGGGCCUGUACUUCAUACGCGUGCGUGAUUACGAGCCGAUUUAAGACUGUAUCAAAUUUUGCGAUAAGUAAUCGUAUAUUCGGUCUGUAGCUCUUGUACAUUUUAUAUUAAAUCCGAAUGGUUACCGAAGAACAAUCUCUUUUGCAAAAUCGCAAACUCUGAGAUCUAGGAGUAGUAGAUUUUCUGUAACGGAAAGGAAAGAAAAAAUUCUCAGAAUUAAGUGACGGUUUGACUCUUGAUCUCAUCAUUAUCGUCUGUUACUGGAAUUUGUAUUUGAUUAAUGAGUCAUAAAGACGCUAACUUCGGGAAAAGAAGUUCAAGUUGACAGCUUGUUUGUUUUCCUUUUCAUCUAGAUCUAACAUGAGACAAUGAUUUUAAUAACCAAGAAACCGCUAGCGUAUCUAGUAUUGCAUAUAAAUAAACUUAAUGCCACAGAA